GGCGCGGCUGCAGCUCCGGAGAAGCCCUUGGCUGAGGCUGCGGCUCCGGCUCCGGCUCCGUCCCCAAAGUCCGCCGGGCUUCCCACCCCAGCAAGCGCUCGGUCCCGGGGCCGGCGGGUCAGCCGUCGGAAGUUUCUUUGGCGCCGCCGAGUGCGAAGGGCUUCUUUGCCGCAGCCAUGCCGGUCUUCCACACCCGCACGAUCGAGAGCAUCCUGGAGCCGGUGGCCCAGCAGAUCUCCCACCUGGUCAUCAUGCACGAGGAGGGCGAGGUGGACGGCAAGGCCAUCCCGGACCUCACCGCCCCGGUGGCCGCCGUGCAAGCCGCCGUCAGCAACCUGGUCCGGGUGGGAAAAGAAACCGUUCAGACAACUGAAGACCAGAUUUUGAAGCGAGAUAUGCCACCAGCAUUCAUCAAAGUGGAAAAUGCUUGCACAAAACUUGUCCAGGCAGCUCAGAUGCUCCAAACGGAUCCUUAUUCAGUACCUGCUCGCGAUUACCUGAUCGAUGGGUCCCGAGGAAUCCUUUCAGGGACGUCGGACUUACUUCUGACCUUUGAUGAAGCCGAGGUCCGUAAAAUCAUCCGUGUCUGCAAAGGAAUUCUAGAAUACCUCACUGUGGCUGAAGUGGUAGAGACAAUGGAAGACUUGGUGACGUACACGAAAAACUUGGGACCAGGAAUGACAAAGAUGGCCAAGAUGAUUGAUGAGCGGCAGCAAGAACUGACUCAUCAGGAACACCGAGUCAUGCUGGUCAACUCCAUGAACACAGUGAAGGAGCUCCUCCCCGUCCUUAUUUCAGCAAUGAAGAUUUUUGUAACAACUAAAAACUCUCGGAGCCAGGGAAUUGAGGAAGCCUUGAAAAACCGCAAAUUUACAGUGGAGAAGAUGAGUACAGAAAUAAAUGAAAUAAUCCGUGUGUUGCAGCUGACUUCCUGGGAUGAAGAUGCUUGGGCCAGCAAGAAGGACACGGAAGCCAUGAAGAGAGCUCUAGCUUUAAUCGAUUCGAAGAUGAACCAGGCCAAGGGAUGGCUGAGGGACCCCACUGCUCCAGCAGGGGACGCUGGUGAACAAGCCAUAAGACAAAUCCUGGACGAAGCAGGAAAUGUUGGGGAAUUGUGCGCAGGUAAAGAACGCCGGGAGAUUCUAGGCACCUGCAAAAUGUUGGGCCAGCUGACGGAUCAACUAGCUGAUCUUCGGGCCAGGGGGCAAGGUGCGACCCCACUCGCCAUGCAGAAAGCUCAGCAGAUCGCUCAAGGGCUGGACUUACUAACCGCAAAAGUGGAAAAUGCAGCUCGCAAGCUGGAGGCGAUGACCAACUCUAAGCAGGCCAUAGCCAAGAAGAUAGAUGCUGCUCAGAGUUGGCUGGCAGAUCCUAACGGGGGCAGCGAAGGAGAAGAACACAUCCGGGGCAUUAUGACGGAAGCCAGGAAAAUUGCAGAACUCUGCGAAGACCCCAAGGAGAGAGACGACAUUUUGCGGUCCUUGGGAGAGAUCUCUGCAUUGACAGCUAAAUUGUCCGACCUUCGAAAACAUGGGAAAGGCGAUUCUCCAGAAGCCCGGGCAUUAGCUAAGCAAAUAGCGACAUCGCUUCAGAAUUUGCAGUCCAAAACCAACAAGGCUGUUGCGAACAGCAGACCCGUCAAGCCAGCUGUUCAUCUGGAAGGAAAGAUUGAGCAAGCUCAAAGAUGGAUAGACAACCCUACCGUUGAUGAUCGGGGUGUAGGUCAGGCUGCCCUCCGGGGACUGGUGGCUGAAGGGCGCCGUCUUGCCAACGUCAUGAUGGGGCCCUACCGCCAGGAAUUGCUUGCCAAGUGUGACCGGGUGGAGCAGCUCGCUGCCCAGUUGGCUGAUUUGGCCGCCAGAGGGGAAGGCGACUCUCCGCAAGCCAGAGCCGUGGCUCUUCAGCUGCAGGAAUCACUAAAGGAUCUUAAAUCAAGGAUGCAAGAAGCUAUGACCCAGGAAGUGUCGGAAGUGUUCAGUGAUACCACGACCCCAAUCAAGCUGUUGGCAGUAGCAGCCACUGCUCCUCCAGAUGCACCCAACAGGGAUGAGGUCUUUGAAGAAAGGGCAGCCAACUUUGAGAAUCACGCAGCGAGGCUGGGGGCGACUGCAGAGAAGGCGGCCGCCGUUGGAACAGCCAACAAAAGUACCGUGGAAGGCAUCCAAGCGACUGUGAAGUCAGCAAGAGAACUGACACCUCAGGUGGUGUCUGCUGCUCGCAUCCUCUUGAGGAAUCCUGGAAAUCAAGCCGCUUAUGAACAUUUUGAGACCAUGAAGAACCAAUGGAUCGAUAAUGUGGAAAAAAUGACAGGCUUAGUAGAUGAAGCCAUUGACACCAAAUCCCUCUUGGAUGCCUCCGAGGAAGCCAUUAAAAAAGACCUGGACAAAUGUAAAGUGGCAAUGGCCAAUGUUCAACCUCAGAUGCUGGUAGCAGGAGCCACCAGCAUUGCUCGGCGAGCUAACCGUAUCCUGCUGGUGGCAAAGAAAGAGGUGGAAAACUCCGAAGAUCCUAAAUUCCGUGAAGCGAUUAAAGCCGCCUCGGAUGACCUGAGCAAAACCAUUUCGCCAAUGGUGAUGGAUGCAAAAGCCGUGGCAGGGAACAUUUCUGACCCGGGUUUGCAGAAGAACUUCCUGGAUUCUGGAUACAGGAUUCUAGGAGCUGUAGCCAAAGUCCGAGAAGCUUUCCAGCCCCAGGAGCCAGAUUUCCCCCCUCCUCCUCCUGACCUUGAGCAACUCCACCUGACCGAUGAACAUGCUCCUCCGAAGCCCCCUCUGCCUGAAGGGGAGGUUCCUCCUCCUCGCCCCCCACCCCCUGAUGAGAAGGAUGAAGAGUUCCCGGAACAGAAGGCCGGUGAGGUGCUUAACCAACCCAUGAUGAUGGCUGCCAGGCAGCUCCACGAUGAAGCCAGAAAAUGGUCCAGCAAGCCUGAAGUGACCGGUGGGGGUAAGGAAGCCCCCACUCAGGCUGGCCUAGGUGUAGCUCGGGAGGAGGUGGAGGCGGAGGAAGCAGAAGCUGAAUUCACCCUCCCCUCCGACAUGGAAGAUGAUUACGAGCCUGAGCUGCUGCUCAUGCCAACCAACCAGCUUGUUAACCAGCCCAUUCUGGCCGCUGCUCAGUCUCUGCACCGGGAAGCAACCAAGUGGUCCAGUAAGGGGAAUGACAUCAUUGCCGCUGCCAAGCGCAUGGCCUUGCUGAUGGCUGAGAUGUCCCGCUUGGUGAGAGGGGCCAGCGGUAACAAGCGGGCUCUCAUCCAGUGUGCAAAAGAUAUCGCCAAAGCUUCCGACGAAGUGACCCGUCUGGCUAAAGAGGUGGCCAAACAGUGCACAGACAAGAGGAUCCGAACAAACCUUCUGCAGGUUUGUGAACGAAUCCCAACCAUCAGUACUCAGCUGAAAAUCCUGUCUACUGUCAAAGCAACCAUGUUGGGCCGGACCAGUAUCAGCGAUGAGGAGUCUGAGCAGGCCACCGAGAUGUUGGUCCACAAUGCCCAGAACCUCAUGCAGUCCGUCAAGGAAACUGUCCGAGAGGCUGAAGCAGCAUCUAUUAAGAUCCGGACGGAUGCUGGAUUCACCUUACGUUGGGUCAGGAAGACCCCAUGGUACCAGUAGAGAGCACGGCUCCUCCCCCCAAGCGUUGUUUUUUUCACGAGAAACCCCUCUUCUGCAGACCACCGGAAGGUGCUGCCGAGGUUGGCAUAGGAGUCUUGAGGGUUUUUAAUAGUCCGCUGGGCUGCUUUUGGCAUCUAGUUUCACUUUAGCUCCUUUCCAGACUUUUUCCUUCUCUUGCUUUUGAUUUAUUUUUAUUUUUAGAAACACUAUUUCAACCCGGUUCUUCCCUCCUCUACCUCUGUCAUGAUUGUAUUUUCUAUGCAACGCACCCAAGGGUUUUGUUGUAGCAUAAUUUGAAAACUCUGGGCCAUCUUUGUUGGCUCAGUGUUGUUCAUUGUGAGGGACAAUCAGGAAAUCAAUAGUUGGGAUUUUCAGUUCUCUCCUUUUACAUUAUUAUUAUUAUUUUUUGGGAUGAGAAGAUGCUAAAUGUAAUUUUAUCCUGUCCAAAGUGAAACACACUUUUCCUUUGGCAGAAGGGAGUGAGUUUAGCAAUCAAAAGUUGCUGCUUCCACACACCCCCAAUGGCAAUCUCUAAAGAUGAUUUUGGGGAAGAAUUUCCUCCAGCACAAGCACCUCCUAUGCCAGUUUAGGAGAUAUUUUCUGAGUCAGUAGGGUUCUUGCCACCAAAAUUUGAUUUGACAGCAGAAUGAAUUUCUCUGUUUUGAUAAACCAGAGGAAAAGCGUGGAGGUACAAUAGUAAAAACUCUUUCAGUGGGUUUCAAAAAUAAUUCACUUUGGGCUUUAUGAAGCAUCACCAUGCAAAUACCGAUGCCGUCACUUGUCAAUCCAGCUGCUAUCGUUUGGAUCUGCUUCCUUAUGGCUUGGGCACUCACCCAAAAAACAUCAUGGAUUUUGGGAUGUAGCCCUCAACAUUGAUGGAAGGGUUGGGUGGCCCUUGUUUACCGAUCCACUUUUCCUACACAACCUUAGUGUUCAUCUUCUCUUCCUUGGUGCAAUUCAAAACUAAAUUCAAAGGAGUUACCUUUUCAUGCCUUCUCUUCAAAUGCCAAGAUCCAGAAAAGCAGAUUUCUUGCUCUUUCCUGGCUACAAGGUACUCACAAUUGCCAUUUUGGAUCUUGGCCAGGGUAGCUGUCACAGAAGACAGGGUUAGGGUUACAUUACCCUGCCUGUUCUUGCCUUUUCAGUCUGUGUGAACUCAGUAGGAAGAGAGGAUUUUAAAUGGCCUUCUUGGCACCUUUGGUGGGAGGCGUUUUUUCCCACCUCAUCAGUCAGUCUUUCAAGUGUGAGAGCUUCUUAAAUCACUACCAUUUAAUAGCUUGACUUUGUAUUAAUGCAAUAUUAUUAAUGCCUUUUGAUUACAUAAGUUUAUACCAAAGACUUAGCUUUUGUUAAGGGAUGUUUAAAGGAAAGCUUUGAAUUGUAUUUGACUUGGAGAGUUCUUUGGAAUAUUUACUAAAUUCAAAACUUUGUAAAUGUUAAUAUCCUCUACACCUGAUGCAAUUAUGCUUUCCUAAACACUCCUGUCCAUCAGAUUGAAUGUCAGGAGCAUUUUGCCACUACUUUUGUUUGUAAACCAGAAUGUUGUUGUGUAUAUGCUAAUACUUUCGACUUUCUCUGUUCUGGUCAAAUAAACUGAAAAUGCAUUUCUAUAAAA